UUGUGUGGAGCUCGAGUUACUGCUCUAAUGUCAAUUUUAAGCAUAUAUACUUAAAAAUUGUUUUGUUUUUUAAAUUUUAUACAUAUACAGUUGGAUUUUGAUUAACUUGAAAAUUUAUAAAACUUAUAAAAUUAUAUUAAAAGCGUUAUAACAAGAAUACUGUACCUUUAACUAGAAGUUUAAGGUUAACAUUGCUCCUCGAGUGCAUUUAAAUUUUAACCGUUUUUCCGUUGUGGUCCUGCUGUCAAUUUUCUUUUUAAACAUCAUCAGAAUUUAAAAGUUGACAAUGGAUAUAUUGAACAAUAUUCUUGCAAAUGCUCCGCCUACAUUUUGGAAGAAAGGAAGAUUAGAAACCUUUGAAAAUUGGCCAUUUCAAUUAGCUAAUAAUAACUGUAAUGCAGAAAGAAUGGCAGCAGCAGGAUUUCAUUUUAUUGGAAAUAAGAAUGAGCCAGAUUUAGUUGGAUGUUUCAUUUGCUCUAAACAACUCGAUGGAUGGGAGCCAGAUGAUGAUCCUUGGGCGGAACAUGAAAAACAUCAAUCGUCUUGUGCUUUUGUGAAGCUGAAUAAACCAGAUGAAAUGCUGUGGACAAUAGAAGACUUAUACAGCCUACUUUUGGAAACUUUAAAAAAGGAUUUGGAAAAACAACAUAAUUUUGAAAUAAAUAAAUUCAACAACCAUGUGGAAGACUUAUUACAUCAAAUUCCGAAUGCUUGCAAAGGAUCAAGAAAAAGUCGAAAAAAUGCUUGAGAUAAAAUAGAUUACAAUUAAAUUUUUACUAUCAA